AUGGCCUCUUUUGUUUCAACUUCCCCAGUCCCUGUGGCCACUCUUUCCUACACUGCCAAGGCCAGGAGCACAGUUUGCCAGAUUAAUGGCUUCUCUAGCUUUGGAGGUCCAGUGGUUAGAGGACUAAGAAUCAUGCCAAAGAUCAAGAUCACCAAGGCAGCAGAAAGAUCAUUUCCAGUCCCUAGUUGCUUGAAGACCACAAUCUCAUGUUCAAUCGCUCAACCGGAAACUCUCCAAACUGUUCAAAGCACUAUUGCCAAGCAACUAUCCGUCGAUGAAAGCACCGUCACUCCUUCCACCAAGUUCGCCGACUUGGGGGCAGAUUCUCUUGACACUGUCGAAAUUAUGAUGGCUUUGGAGGAGAAGUUUGGUGUGUCCAUCGGAGAGAGUGGAGCUGAGAAUAUCGCAACCGUUCAAGAUGCUGCUGAUCUGAUUGAGAAAGUGAAAUCAGCUUGAAGUUAAUUGAUAUGACUGGCCUCUAAAUAACAGUCUCUAGAGUCGAUGAGAAGGAAACUGGUUCCUUAAUUUGCUUCAAAUUUUGUU